CGUGAUAAAAUCUUACUUAUAACUUGUCAAACGAACAUUUGAAAUUUUCCAAAGGAUGAUGUAUGCAUACAUUUUCAUUUGUGCAAUAAUAUUACGCACCAUUAUGAGUUCUCCUAAAUUUGUUCCAGUCGUAACAUCAUAUCCCAACGGUUUAAAAUCGGAAGACACAAGACUGAACCUAAGUAAUCAGUCUAACAAAGGCUAUGUUAUAAAAACAAUAACCAGUGCACCACUGUACCGAAUAGUUAGUUAUUUCACUAAUCUCACGGAGGAAGGUGAAGCAAAAGUACAUGACUUGAACAUUCCUCACUCAAUGUAUUAUACACACAUAUAUCUUGCUUGGAAAUCAGCAGAUCAACUGAUGUCCUCUAUAACUCUACAAGCUGAUGAUUCAGAAAGUAAAUUGAAUGGUGCCAACUUAGUUUUAUCAACAUCUAAACUGAGUGAUAUGUAUGCACCAGGUAAAAUAACAUCAGUUCUUGACUUUGUUACUAAAUGUUAUGAAUGGGCCAAACCAAAUACUCCACCAAUACCAUCUAGCUCGGCAUUUAUAUCAACACUUAGAGUUUCAGCAACAGAUGAAAUUAAUCGAGCAUUGAUCAAAUAUACAGCGGAACAAUUUCUAAGAGCAACAACUCAUGGAUCAUAUCAUUAUGUUUGGGAAAGAAAUUCAAAAAUGAAAAAAUUUAUGGAAAAAUUAAAUUAUGAACAAAUUAUAUGUGGUGGUACAGAAUCAUUUUAUAAUCCAUGUGAUUGGACAUUAAUGGGUUUGGAACCAAAAAAAGCUAAAGAACAAUGUUUAUAUCGACUAAUUAAUAAAAAAUCGAAUAUUUAUUAAAAUAUAAUAUUAUUGAUUAUUAAUUUAUUAUAUCAAAUCAAAAUUUUAUCGUCAGGGAAUAUCAACAUUUAAAAAAGAAAUGAGCAAUUGUAAAAAUGAUAAAAAAUCAAUAUUAAAGAGAAUGACUAUAAGAAUAUAUUUAUAUAUAUACAUACUGACAAUAUGAACUCCAACACACAAAAAAAUAUCAUUGUUUUUGCCUUCUUACACUUGAGACCUUUUUUCUCCUACCUUUUAUUUAUCAUAAUUUCAUAUACGUACAUUACAUCAUCAAUAAAUGAUAAUUAUGUUUGUUUAUCAAUCAUGUUUCGAAUGGGUUUUCAUUUUCUCGCUGGAAUUUCUAACCUCAUCUAGCUUAUUAUAUUAACAUUGUUUAAAUUUUUUAAGUAAAUAUUUUGUUCAUUCAUUUUUGGUCAAGCUACAAUUUAUUAACCCGAUUUUGUAAAUCCAAAUUUUUUUUUCUAACUAUUCGAUUUAUGUUUUUUCAGAAAGUGUUGGAUAUAAUUAAAAUCGAUUUGGUCAGU